AUGAAUUACCUAGAUAUAGAUAUAAAGAACCUGAUCCUUUCAACUUUGAAUGUGAGAAAGACAUUGACUUCAGAGGAAGAUGAGACAGGUAUAGAGGACUUAGCUAAUGAUAUAAAGAACAAUGGUUUGAUAAAUCCUAUAACUGUGAAAAAGAUAGAUGGUAAUAAAUAUGAAAUAAUUGCAGGUCAACGAAGGUAUUUAGCAAUGAAACUUCUAAAUAAAGAAUCGAUAAGUUGUCAUGUAUUGAAUAUAUCAGAUCAAAAAGCGGAGGAGAUAAGUUUAGUAGAGAAUGUGCAGAGGAAUCAGAUGACAACAAAUGAUAAAGUGAGAGCAUAUUCAAAAUUAUAUGAGGUGUAUGAAGGAGAUAUAGAGAGAGUAGUAAAUGCGAUUCAUAUAUCAAAGAAGACAUUACAGAAAUAUAUAAAAAUAAAAGAUUUACCGGAGGAGGUAUUGCGUUCAUUAGAUGUGAGUGGUCCUUCAAAAAUAUCUUUAGAAGUGGCUGUUGAACUAACGAAAUUGCCCAGUUCAAUAAAUGUGACGGAAUUCAUGACUAAGAUCCAACAACUGUCUACACAACAGAAAAUGGACACUAUAAAGGUAUUCAACUCUUUAAAAUCUACAGAUAUAAGUGAUGUGGAUGAUAUAAAAGAAGAAAUAGUGAUAAAUUCAAAUAAUAUAAAAUUGGCACCUUCAUAUCCGUAUGUGAAAGAUGAGCAUGAUCGAUACAUAAGGAUACCAGAGGAAUUGUAUGAGGACAUUAUAAAAUUGAUAGAAUUGAAAACAGGAACAUUAGAAUAUAUUUGA